AUGGCCACAGACACCACUGGCGCCUGGGCAUUGUGGUUUCUAAUGCUAGGCAUUUACUCGGUUGUCACAAUUGCGUUACUGUUUGUGGGUACCGUUAGUGCAUCCUGGGUCACUAUUAGACUGCGUGGGAAACCCACUCUAGCAUUUCGGUUCACCGAAAACGGCAAAGAGACCAUGUUGUAUGUCUACAAUGAUGAACACUGGCUCGUUCGCGCUGUCGUUGAUGAUCUUGUCGCAUGGAAGAAAAAAGUGGGGGAUCUAGAGGCUCAGAACGAACAGCCCUGCGUAUUAAAUGACAACCUUGAGGGCAAAUCGCAAGCCUGA